CAUGAAAAACAACAAAAUUAGAAAGAAAAAGGUUGAGUUGUCGAGCACGUUACAACUGUGGUUGGAACCUCGUAUUAAACCUAUCUUCCAGAAUAAUAUAAACGUCGAAAUACCUUGGAAUGAAAUAAUAAGGGACAUGCUAAAGGACAUUUGCAUAAGGAUUUUGUCCUCAAUCCCAUUGUUCGCCUUUGCAUGUGCGAUUAAUAGGUUGUCCCAGAUCAAUGAUAAAGACCGGAUAUUUUUGAUUGAAAGAUUACUCAACAUCACUCCACAUCCUGAUGUGAUUUCUGGUGAAAGGACAAAUCAUUUGAAAAAAUAUUUGAUUUCAAUUCUUUUGCCAAUAGAGACUUUUUCAAGAAUUAAAUUUAAACCACACUUUAUGGAUGUGGCAAAUGUUGUUUUGCAACGAUCUAAUAAGGAUUGGACUGACACCCGCGAAACGAUUUCCUCAUUUCUUAAGGAUUGUACUGCAAACUACAAUUCCGAAAAAAAGGUUUAUGUUGUAUAUCCACAUUUAUCUGACAUCUCUAGAAGAGUAAUUUUAGAAGAGGAGCAAAAAUACUGUAUAGAAAUUUUCAUCAAAUCUGUACAGGACUUUUCUUUUUCAUUGGGUUAUAGAUUCAAAGAUUUAAUUGAAACUUAUGUAACUCCUCAAGAUCAGAAUAAUGUUCAAAAGCUUAUGAGUGAUUUCUUUCCAAGCGGAUUUCAUACAGAUAAUAAUAAAAAACCUCGACCUCGAUGGCAUAAUCAACAAUAUAUGAUAUUUUUAGCUUUGCAAAGGGCUCCAGAUAAUACAUUAUCACGUGGUGAUUUAAUUGAAGCUGCUAUUUCCUUGGAUGAAAAAUGUAGUGUUGAAACAGGCUUGCAACGAUGUUUUACUGGUCAAACGCCGAGAAAUUCCGCUAGCUCUUGUUUGACAACAAAUGCAGACAAAUAUUUUAGAAUAUUUAAAAAAGACUCAAAGCAACAUACCAUCUUCUAUAAACUCUCAUUUAUUCCGAACGAUCGUGAUGAUGCAAUCCGUCGUUAUAGUCAAUGGAUGCAAGGCAUAAUCGAACAUGAUUGGGUACUGUGUUUUGGAAAAUCAAAGAAAUCAAGGACUGGUCAAACUUUAACUAAUAACGGAAAUGUGAUUAUGCUUACAGUUGGUGCGGGCAAUCCUGUCCAUGUGCGAUGUCGUCGAUGUAUAGAAAAAUCAUGUGAUGCAAAAUUACCAGCUUGCGGUAGGUGUAGGUCAAGGGGACAUUUAUGUAUUUACCCACUUAGAAUGGGUGCACAUGAAAAAAUUGAAAGGUUGAAAGCAAAACGUGAAACAACGUUGCUGUCAUAUCCGGAACAAUCCAUUGAAAUUGAUACACGUCCAGCUACAGCUACGAGAAAUAAGAAAAAGUUACAGCAACAACUAUUAGAACAAAAAAAAAGGUUGGAUUCAGAGGAUCCUGAUAUAUGUAAAGCUAAUUUACCUGAUGAAAUACUCGAUGGAUUAGACAUUUCAAAUGUCCCAAAAAGUUUAAAUGAAGUUGUUGAAGUCCGUCCUUCAACGAUUCAUAAUGCAGGUAAUGGACUAUUCGCCACACGCAACCUACCAAUGGCAACACCCCUUGGGUUUUAUUUUGGAGUCCCAAUGAUGGAAGAUGAGUUUGAUACUGUUAAGGAUCAAAUUGGUAGGGCGUCACAUUAUUCCAUGAGAUAUAAACAUACAAUUCUGGAUGCUACUGAUGAGAAUGGAGAACCAUACAAAGAUCCAAGUGGACCAAUAUUUUGUCCAUUUCAUUUUAUGAAUGAGGAUCCGUUUGGGAAUAUGGUAUUUCUGGAAGGAGGUGAAGUCAAUCAAGUUAUCUGUUGGACGAAACGAGAUAUUAGAAAGGGAGAAGAAUUGUUUGUUUAUUAUGGUGGAGAUGUAGAUCGAGAGCAUUGGGGACAAGCUGGAAAUAAUAGUGAUCAACUUGAAUGUGAAAAUGAUAGUGAAGAGGAAGUAAUUGUAUUUAGUGAUGAAGGUGGGGAUAACAUUAACGAUGUAAAUAAUCAAAUUUCGGGGAAGAAAAGGAAGUCCAAAUCAAAUAAAACUAAAAAACCGACAAUGAACAAAAAAACAAAACGAAUUGCAAUAAAUAGAAGGAGGAAAACAGGAAAUAAAGGAACAAUAGAUACACACGAUCAAAAUCAAAGUGAUUAG